AGGUCCCCGUCCAAAGUGGAAUCUAAAAACGGUAGAAAAUAUACUUGCUAUAUAAACAUGGGUGCUGUUUGAGAGAAGCAGGGACCACUAAUGUCAUCAAAAAGGAAAAGGCAAGCUCAGCUACCUUUCUCUUCGAUUUCACCACCACCUCUUUCAUCAGAUCCCAACUUUAACCGGUCUCCGGUGGUGCAACUUCCGCCUCUGCGGCAGCCUCUUCCACCUGCUGAUCAUCCAAAUCACCCGAUCCGAAGGCAGAAACCGACCCAAGGCCGUGAUUCAUCAGCUUUCCCCGAAACAACAACAUCACAUGGUGGAGAAGAGCUAAAGAAGAAAGAAGAUUACUUGGUUUUGAAGCAUGAAGGAGAGGAGCAAAGGGGAGAAAAUGGAGAGAAGAGUAAUUAUACUGCCAGGAAAAAGAAUGAUUUUGAUGAAGAACUAGGAACUGGGUCUCUAUCCCUUCAAGGUGUUGGGAGUUGGUGUGAAGGAGAGAAGGCAUUUCCGUUGAAGAAAAGAAGAGGGAGCUUCGAAAGAAUAAUGCAGAAAAAGGAUGAUAUUAUCAAUGACCAUAAUUAUAAUAGUGGGAAGAAGAAAGGUCGAAACGGUGCGUUAAUGGAAGGUUCAAGGUGCAGUCGUGUUAAUGGAAGGGGAUGGCGAUGUUGUCAACAAACGCUCGUUGGUUACUCUCUUUGUGAACAUCAUUUAGGCAAAGGAAGGCUUAGGAGUAUUACAAGUGUUCGAAGCCGAUCGUUGGGUAGCAAUAAUAAUAAUGCAGGAAUGAAGGAAGAGCAGCCGCUAUUAUCGAAACAAGAAGAGAAGCCAUUGAUGACGACGAUAAAGAAGAGAGUGAAGCUGGGGAUGGUUAAAGCUCGAUCGAUAAGCAGUUUGCUAGGCCAAAACGACAAUGUAAUUGCCGUAACAGAUGAUAAUAAUAUUAAUAAUUAAAAACCAAUCAUGAAAACUCACUGUUUCCAGACUUUAUUUAUUUAUUUAUUUAUGUUUUGUGAUGAUAUAAA